AUGACCGAGGUCCUGUUUGAAAUUACACAUAUCGACCACCGAGGAAGCAGCUGCUGCUAUGGAGGAGAAAGUGGUGGUAUUGUCACGGUUAGUCAGGAAAGACUAGGCUUGGACCCAAAUGCAGGUCCAUGGGGAAGAUGCAUGGGCAGUGACUGUGGCCCGGGUGGCAGCCAAAGCCGGGCAGUCUGGUGUGCCCAUGUGGAAGGCUGGACAACGCUUCACACCAACUGUGACCAGGGCCAGCGUCCUUCCAACCAGAGGAACUGUUUCCGUGUGUGUGACUGGCACAAGGACCUUUAUGACUGGCAAUUGGGUGCCUGGAAUGUGUGCGUGCCAGUUUCAGCAAGGACCUUAUGGGCCUCACGGCCGUUCACAUGCAGUGGAGGCGAAGAGGGCAUUCAGACCCGGGAGGUGGGCUGCAUACUCAAAUCAGACGGGUCUCCAGCAGAGGAUGCCAUCUGUGAGUACUUUGAGCCCAAGCCUCGCCUGGAGCAGGCGUGUUUGAUCCCUUGCCCUCAGGAUUGUGUGGUUUCCGAGUAUUCUCCAUGGACGUCCUGCUCCAAAACGUGUGGAACAGGCCUCAGGAACAGGGUCCGUAGUGUCCUGGUUCCUCCACUUUUUGGAGGCGCGGUUUGUCCCAACCUAACUGAGUUCCAGUCUUGUAAACCAGGGCCUUGCACAGGUCCAGAGGGCAUGUACAAUCUCAGGGUUGGACCGUGGAGCCCUUGUGCCCUCCCACAGACUCGGACGGCACGCCAAGUUAAGCGCCGAAAAGGUAAAGGCCAGGGGCUCAGGGAGAGAGCAGGAGUCAAAGAUCCAGAGACUAGGGAGCUUAUCCAGAAGAAACGAACCCGGAACCGCCUCAAUCGGCAAGAGAGUCCAUUCUGGGACAUCCAGGUGGGCUACCAGACUCGGGACGUGACCUGCGUACACCGGAAUGGGAGCGCUGUGGGACGCAACCUGUGCUUACCGAGGGACCUGCCGCUGACCAUCCAGUCCUGCGUCCUCCCCAAGGACUGCCAGGUGACCGACUGGGCCGUGUGGGGUCCCUGUUCCAAAACCUGCGUGGACCCUGAGUCUCCCAUAGGCAAUCGCACUCGGAGCAGGAAGGUGGUCCAGUUCCCGGUGGGCAAGGGGGCGGGGUGCACGCCGCUGGAGGAGUCUGAGACGUGUGAACCUCAGGGUGAAGGCGUGCCUCCCUGCGCCACCUACACCUGGAGAAGCACAGAGUGGAGCGACUGCCGGGUCGACCCGUUGCUAAGCCAACAGGACCGUCGGCGUAGCAACCUGACAGGGCUCUGUGGGGGAGGCCUGCAGACCAGGGAAAUUUAUUGCGUCCAGGCCAAUGCUGAGCUUCUAAAAUACCUCAACGACCUCAGAGAAAAAGACAAAGCAGGUCAGACCCAAAGACAGCAGAAGCCUAGUGUCCCCCCUCUCCUCUCCAUCACCUUCCAGAUUACAGCCUCCCGCCCUGUGGAAAACAAGCUGUGCAAGGGUCCGAUCCCCAACAGGUCCCAGCUGUGCCAAAUCCCCUGUCCCAUCGACUGUGAGGUGUCGCCGUGGGGCGCCUGGGGCCCCUGCACCUUCGAAAACUGUGAUGACCAGGCUGGAAAGAAAGGUUUCAAACUGAGAAAACGACAGGUAACCAACGAGCCAACAGGAGGGCCUGGAAACUGCCCGCACCUGGUGGAGGCGGUGCCGUGCGACGAGCCCACUUGUUACAACUGGCAACUGGUCGACCUGGAUCAGUGUGUUCCUGACGCUGAGAAGCCGUGUGGCCCUGGCACUCAGCUCGUACAGGUCCAGUGUGUCAACAGCAAUGGAGAGGAGGUGGACAGGAAUCUCUGCACGUCUUACCCAGCUCCAGAGCCUGUGCCGUGUGAAGUGCCUUGCUCAAGGGACUGCGUGCUCAGUGAUUGGACAGCCUGGUCUACUUGCUCUCAGACCUGCUCCAGUAAGACCAUCGAGGGGAAGCAGAUGAGGACCCGCUCCAUUCUGGCCUACAACGCCGGGGAAGGUGGAGCCCUGUGCCCAAACAUCAGUGCCCUCCAGGAGAUACGGAACUGUAACGAACACGCCUGUACAGUUUACCACUGGCAGACGGGGCCUUGGGGCCCUUGUACCGAAGACCCCUCUGCCUCGACCCUCAACAGCUCCAGCGGUGACGGCCAGGGUCCCUGCUCCAUGGGAAUGCAAACUCGUAAGGUCAUCUGUGUCCGGGUCAACGUGGGACAGGUGCCACCCAAGAAGUGUCCAGACGGCCCUCGCCCCAGCACGGUGCGACCAUGUCAGCUGCCCUGCAAGAAAGACUGUAUCAUGACCCCUUUCAGUGACUGGACACCGUGUCCUGUUACUUGUGAUGCAGCUGGUAACGCUGUGAAGAGUAAGCAAUCAAGGAAACGCCUCAUCAUCCAGCUGCCAUCCAACGGAGGACAGGACUGUCCAGAGGUGCUGGAGGAGGAGAGGGACUGUGAGAUCGCCAAAAUCUGUCCAGGAUUCAGGUGGAAAACCCACAAAUGGAGGAAGUGCCAGCUGGUCCCAUGGCUCCUCAGAAAGGAACGUCCCGGUGCGCAGGAGACCUGUGGACCAGGACUCCAAACACGAGCUGUGUCCUGUCGCCAGCUGGACGGGACGCAGGCCGACGUCAGCGAGUGUCUGAAAUUCGGCAAAGCCAUGCCUGCCAUCACUCAGCGCUGUCAGCUCCCCUGCCAGGAUGACUGCCAGCUGACCAACUGGUCCAAGUUCUCAUCCUGCACAGCUGACUGUGUGGGGGUCCGCACCAGAAAGAGGGCUUUGAUAGGGAGGAGCAAGAAGAAAGACAAGUGCAAGAACACGCAAAUGUAUCCUUUGAGUGAGACCCAGUACUGCCCUUGUGACAAGUACAACGCCCAGCCAGUGGGGAACUGGUCAGACUGCAUCCUGCCCGAGGGAGGCAGAGUGGAGAGCAUCCUGGGGAUGAAGGUCCAGGGAGACAUCAAGGAGUGUGGACAGGGCUACCGCUACCAGGCCAUGGUGUGCUACGACCAGGACAACAGGCUGGUGGAGACCUCGCGCUGCAACAGUCACGGUUAUAUUGAGGAGGCAUGCAUCAUCCCCUGUCCCUCAGACUGUAAACUCAGUGAAUGGUCCAACUGGUCACGCUGCAGCAAGUCCUGCGGCAGCGGGGUCAAAGUUCGCUCCAAAUGGCUUCGAGAGAAACCUUACAACGGCGGCCGGCCGUGUCCCAAACUGGACCACAUCAACCAGGCCCAGGUGUAUGAGGUGGUGCCGUGUCAGAGCGACUGUAAUCAGUAUGUGUGGGUGGCCGAGCCAUGGAGUGUGUGGAAAGUCAGCAACGUGGACUUAAAAGAGAACUGCGGCGAAGGCGUCCAGACCAGAAAAGUCAGGUGCAUGCUCAACACUAUAGACGGGCCGUCGGAGUCUGUGGAGGACUACCUGUGUGACCCGGAGGAGAUGCCCUUGGGGGCCAGGGAGAGCCGGCUGCCCUGCCCCGAGGACUGCGUCCUCAAUGACUGGGGCCCCUGGAGCCGCUGCAGCCUGCCAUGUACCAGAACCAACAAUCGAGUGCGGACGGCAUACACCCUCCGGUCUCCCACUGUAGGGAGGCAGUGUCCAGACACGACUGACAGGGAGCCUUGCAGCCUAAACCUCAACUGUUUCAACUACUUCUACAACAUCACAGACUGGAGUACAUGUCAGCUGAGUCCUAACGCUGUGUGCGGAAGCGGCAUCAAGACCCGGAUGCUCGACUGUGUUCGCAGCGACGGCAAAUCAGUCGAUAUAAAGUUCUGUGAGGAGUUGAAUUUGGAGAAAAGGUGGCAGAUGAACAUCUCCUGUGUGGUCGAGUGUCCCGUCAACUGUCAUCUGUCGGAGUGGUCGGCCUGGUCAGACUGUUCACAGACGUGCGGACUAGAAGGUAAGAUGUGGCGGCAGCGCUCAGUGGUCCAGGCCUCUCAGGGCGACGGCCGGCCCUGCCCUUCUCAGAUGGAGCAGUGGAAGCCCUGCCCUGUCCGACCCUGCUACCGCUGGAAGUACAGCCCCUGGUCCGAGUGUCGGGUGGAGAGUGUGGUGUGUGGACACGGCAUACGCUACAGAAACCUGUCGUGCUUUGUGUCGGACGGCUCCAGCAACGGUGAAGGCAGCUUGGUGGACGAGGAGCUGUGUAGCAGCCUGGAGGUGGCCAUCGACGGAGACAAGCAGAUCAACCUGAAAGAGGCCUGUACACUUCCCUGCCCAGGUGAAUGCUACCUAAUGGAGUGGUCAGACUGGAGCUCGUGUGUGAGCGUGUGCAUCAAGGGGGCCGACAUGGACUUUGGUUCAGUUCAAGUUCGCUCACGAGCCGUGUUGGCGCAGGAGCCUGAAAACUUGCAGCUCUGUCCUGACCAGGCUUGGGAGUCUCAGCCCUGCACAGGGGGCGAAUGUUACGAGUACAAAUGGUUCAGCAACGUUCGUCUAAACUCCACACGCUCUACUAUCUGGUGUCAGCGCUCAGAUGGACUCAAUGUCACCGGAGGUUGUCCUGCUAUGAACCCUCCAGUGGACAACAGCUCCUGUGACCCUCCCUGUUUCAUGCCAAAGUCUUUCUGCAAUGAGGCUGGUAUAUGCAUGUGCGAGGAGGGAUUCACAGAGGUGCUGUCACCCACUGGACAGCUGGACCAUUGUGCCCCCAUCCCGAUCCUGGAGAUCCCCACAGCAGGGGACAAGAAAGGGGAUGUGAAGACCAGUCGUGCCAUUAACCCCACCCUGCCCACCACCAUUCAGCCUGGACGCACUGGCCGGACCUGGUACCUGCAGCCCUACGGACCAGAUGGGAAGCUGAAGAUGUGGGUGUAUGGUGUAGCAGCCGGAGCCUUUGUGCUCCUCAUAUUCAUAGUGUCUAUGAUAUACCUAGCUUGCAGCUACUGUGCCAAGGUGCAUCGCUCUCUUAAGGCCCAAGAGUCUGACGCCAAUGGGACGGCAGUCUGGAUGGGCCAAAAUGCACAGGAGAUGAUUUACACCUGUCCCGAUUGCCAAGAGCUGGCUCAAAGCAGCAGCAGCUAAUGAGGAUGUGGAGGGCUUACCCCCCCUCAACACACCCUCCAGAAUAAGUACCCGCAGUCCUUGAUCUUUCCCUGAGACCUCUCUCUAAAGUGUCACACGUCCUGCCUGACUAGCUGAGUGAAGGUGCUGGCGCAG